AUGUUAUGCAAAAAUCUCGUGAUGUUAGGUAUGGUAGUAACAAUCUUCGUCAUUCUCGUCUUCUUCAGCCAAAUCUACACCAAUUCACAAUCUUUCGACAGUAACAUUGCGACAAGAUAUCAAGAGGGGCUAUUGCAGGAUUUGCAGCCUAAGGAGACAACGACGAACUUGAGCCACUUGAUGUUUGUGUUGGUGGGGAGCUCACGUACGUUGGAUAAUCGAAGAACUUAUGUAGAAUCAUGGUGGAGACCAAACGUGACACGUGGCAACAUAUUUUUGGACGUGAAGCCGUCGGAUCCUUAG